GUCUACUUCUGUCAGGGUCAUUCUGCUCUGCUGGACUCUUUCCUUUCCAUUUCUGCUGAAUGACGCGUGUUCAGCACUACAUAGCUGGAAUAACACAUAGAGGUUCCUCCAUAGAUUAAAAGAUCACUUGAUUCCUGAAUGUUCUCAGUGAACAGCGUCCACCUGACAUACCUUAUGUAGGAAUGUCAGAGAGAUUUUCUGAACAUUUUCCUUCUCUGGAUUAACUUCCAGUGGCAACUGGUCUGGAAGCUCCAGCCGAUGGGACAAUGCAGCAGUCAGGUGACAGCGGCGCCCCUUCCUUCAACCCUCUAGUGGUGCUGGAGUUGAUGUCUGACACCAAGGAGGAGGCCAUCGCCUGGUUGCUGAGCAGGAUCACGGCCCCACAGCAGGCUGGAGGUGCUGGGUUACUGGUGGAGCAGCUGAGUCCUGGAGUCAGCACUGAGCAGAAGGACAACCCCAACCUGUUUCUGGUGGGGGCGUCCUGGGAGAGGCUGCUGUCUGGAGCUGAGGAUGUGGGCCUUUUCAAGGAGUACAGCGACGGCUCCAUGAGAGGCUUUACCUGCGUCAACAAGCACAAUUUUAAAGACUUUCAAGGGGAUGGAGACGGCUUCCUGAGCAUGGCUGAGUGUCAGUACAUCAUCAAACAUGAGCUGGAGACACUGAGAGCCAAAGAUGAGACUCACGUACCUGGAUACAGCCAUGCUAAGCUUUAUCCAGGGAAAUCUAUCAUACGCAGAUUGCUGUCCAAAGGAAUCCUGAUCCAGAUGUUUCCGCUACACCACAAAGAAGAACUGAAGAGACUCUCCUUUUCUUGGUAUAAAAAAGUCAGGCUGUCGCUUCAGCCUCUAGAUGAAAUCAGACACUACUAUGGUGAGGGCCAGGCACUGUACUUUGGCUUCCUGGAGUACUUCACCUUUGCCCUGGUGCCUAUGGCUCUGUUUGGAGUGCCUUACUACAUGUUUGACUGGGAGGAUUAUGAUAAAUAUGUAGCCUUUGCUGGUUUCAACGUGGUCUGGUGCACAAUUAUUCUGGAGCUGUGGAAGCGAACUAGCGCCACCCUGGCCUACCACUGGGGCACGCUAAGCAGAAAGAAGGCCUUCGAAGAACCUCGGCCUGGGUUCCAUGGCGUCCUCGGGUACAACCCCGUGACGGAUCGGGAGGAGCCUCUGUACCCCAACAGCAAGCGCCUGCUGAGGAUCUACCUGGUGUCGCUGCCCUUCGUCCUGCUCUGCCUCUACCUGUCUCUGUACGUCAUGAUGAUCUACUUCCAGAUGGAAGGCUGGGCUCUGUCCGUCCAUGACCAGAACCCUUCGUUCUGGACAGGAGUGCUCCUUUACAUCCCCAGUAUUAUCUACGCCGUGGUGAUAGAGGCCAUGAACCUCGUUUAUAGAUACGCUGCUGAGUUCCUCACAGAAUGGGAAAAUCACCGCCUGGAGUCUUCAUAUCAGAACCACUUGGUCCUUAAAGUUCUUGUUUUUAACUUCUUCAACUGUUUCGCCUCGCUGUUCUACAUUGCGUUUGUAAUGCAGGACAUGGUGCUGCUCAGUCAGAGUCUGGCCACCUUACUGAUCACCAGUCAGAUCUUGAAUCAGUUCAUGGAGGCAUUCUUGCCUUACUGGCUGCAGAGGAGACGCAACAAGAAGAUGAGUCGCAAAGUUCAGAAGAGAAGAACUCCCGGGGACACAGAGCUCCCUCUGGCAGAGCAGGUCCGUCUGGAGGCCGAUAUGAGCACGUACUUGGGAACAUUUGACGACUACCUGGAGCUCUUUCUGCUGUUCGGCUACGUCAGCCUGUUCUCCUGCGUCUACCCGCUGGCUGCUGUCCUGGUGGUGUUGAACAAUGUCACAGAGGUUUACUCUGACGCCUUCAAGAUGUGUCAUGUGUUCAAAAGACCGUUUGCUGACCCAGCUGCAAACAUUGGAGUCUGGCAGCUCGCCUUUGAGACCAUGAGUGUGAUUGCUGUUGUGACCAACUGUGCGCUCAUUGGCAUGUCUCCACAAGUCAAAGCAUACUUCCCUGAGUCUGAGACCCAGCUCAUCCUGUGGACGGUGGCCAUCGAGCAUGGGCUGCUGGCUUUCAAGUUCAUCCUGACGUUCCUUAUCCCAGAUGUUCCCAAACACAUCCAGAUCAAACUGUCCCGGCUUGAGUUUGAGUCACUGGAGGCUCUGAAGAAGAAGAGGCAGAUAAAUGCAGGAAAAUGCUGGAAGGUGCGGAGUUCAGGAAGAGCGUCCAGUGAGGAGAGGAGGACCUGCAGACUCUGACAACCCACACUCCCUUUUUGUUUGCUUUAAAAAAAUAACAUCCUUGUUGUUUUUUUAGAGUUUACCAUUUUUAUGCACAGUGAAAAUAUGGUUUACUAUGAGUGGGUGAGAGGUUCAUUGUGGUGGAGAACAGUCUGAGCACUGAAACGGGUUCUGGGUUUGGGGUGAUGGACAACUAGAAACAUGAUGGGAUGAAUGAGCUGCUGUUCAAUUUCUUUGCAGAUAUGAUCCACUGUAAAACAUAUUCAGUUAUUCCAAAGAGUGUUGAUGAAAUUAACUGCUUUGGCGUUCUUGUGUUGAGCCACUGAAGUCACUUUGGGUUCAGUCAGUAUUUUGGUUCAGAACAAUACAAACUAGCAUGCUCUAAUUAUAACUGUGUUAAAGGCUGCAAAGUGUGUGGUCACCCGAUUGGCUGACAACACAACGCCCCAAUGUACGGAAGCAAAAAAGGCCAAAACGAUGCGACCACUGAAAGCAACAUCAGACUUUAUUUUAAAAUCUGAACCAGAUCCAGCUGGAAUUGGAUUUAUCCGGACUGUUCCAUGCAGAUGCUUCGGUUUUCCUUUGCACCCAUAAACACAAUUGCAGCUGAAUGCCAAAUAAUCACAGCGUGUGUUAAAUCAUGAGUUCUUCACAUCCAGGUUAGGGACACAUGCACAGCGGCGUGUGAGGGCCAUUGUAGAGGGCUGACAAAAACGCUUUGAGAAUAAUCUCAGGAAUUUUCCAGGCAAAAUACAGAAAAUUCUGAACUCCAAAAGUUGAAAUUUUGGGAGAAAAAAAACAUUUUAAGAUUGAUCUCAGAAAUUUUCUAGAAGUAGCAUGGACAUUUCUGAGUUUAAAAAGUAUGCAAUUUGAAAAUAAUCGUAAUUCAAAAGGUGAAAAUAGUAAACCUUUGAAACUGAUUGUCAGGGGGAAAAAGUAGCAAUGUUUUGACUUUUACACUCCUUAAAAUUUUCUAGAGAAACCAAUAAAAUUUUGGAGUUUUUCGGUUGAAAAUGUACUUCUUUAUUUUUCUUUCUACAGUGGCCCUGAUACGUCAUCAUACAUAAAAGAUGAACUGCACUCCUGUAACCGCCUGGUGCCUUAGUUCCCUGCUGUUUAUUCUAUAAAAUGUACCAAAGCUGCAGCAGCAGGUUGCUCUGGAUCAGCCUUGGCAUCAAUAAACUAACAACCCUGGAACUUAA